GGGGGGCGUUAUUAAAGCUCGCGCGCGGACGAGACUCGGUCAGUGAAAGUUUGACUUACCGAGAGUUUCUCCUCGCGUGGCAGCCUCGAACGGCAUACAUAAACCCGGAGAACAUUAUAUAUCUGCGGAGAAAGCCUGUGUAAAAAAAGAUGCCAGCAGAAAGACAUUCAAUCCGAGAUAAUGCCACCGUCGGCCGUUUCCAUGGCGUUUCUGACAGUAACGGCCAGGCCGUCCCAGAGAGACACACCGAGUCCAAAACCAAGAAAGAAGAGAGCGGUUGUCGCCGCUGGUUUCGGAGAGCUUGUCCGUGUUGUUUCCGGAGACAGAACAGCUCGUACGACGUGAACGGCGAAGAGGACGUUGGGCUCCGGGACGGAGAGAACGAAGGACCCGCGACUCCUCUGACUCCCACCGGAGACACAGAGCUGAGCGACUUGACUCUAGCGGUGCGUUCUGUGGAUGUGCUCAGCAGGAAAACCGAUCGGAACAAGAAGGAGCAUCACACGGAUCAAUACAACAGCGACCAGCUCAUCAUCCGCAGAGGCCAGACUUUCCAAAUAGAGCUCAACCUCUCACGACCUUUCAACCCAAACACAGAUAAACUUCACCUGGAGAUGAAGACAGGGCCACUGCCGCAGGUGUCGAAGAGGACACACAUCAUCAUACCGCUGGUGGACGAGCUCCAGGAUGAAAGCUGGGAGGCCAAGAUCGUAGAGCAGAAUGUCAACAGGGUCAAGCUGUCUGUCAACUCACCCGUCAAUGCUGUUAUCGGAAAGUACAAGCUGACCGUCGCCACACAGUGCUUGAAGACGGGCGAAACUACCCUGCAUGACCAUGACAAAGACAUUUACAUGCUCUUCAAUCCCUGGUGUGAAGAUGACACGGUGUACAUGGAGGGGGAGAAAGAGCUGAAGGAAUAUGUCUUAAAUGACACUGGAAGAAUCUAUUAUGGCACCGAGAAGCAGAUCGGAGCUCGUACGUGGAACUUCGGCCAGUUUGAUGAAGGCAUUCUGGAGGCCUGUCUGUUCGUGCUGGAUAACAGCGAGGUUCCUCCCUCAGGUAGAGGAGAUCCUGUCAGUGUGGUCCGGGUCAUUUCUGCCAUGAUCAAUUCCCCGGAUGACCGUGGUGUCCUGGAGGGAAACUGGUCUGGGAAUUAUGUGGGUGGGACGUCUCCCACGGCCUGGAGUGGAAGUGUUGAAAUCCUCAAGCAGUACCACAGAGAAGGAGGAACGCCUGUCAAAUACGGCCAGUGCUGGGUGUUUUCUGGGGUCACGACCACAGUACUGAGAUGUCUAGGUAUUCCCACCCGCUCCGUAACUAAUUUCCAGUCUGCCCAUGAUACGGAUGUGUCCUUGACAACAGAUGUGUAUUUUGAUGAGAAUAUGGAACCAAUCCACGAACUGAACUCAGACUCUGUAUGGAACUUCCACGUGUGGAACGACUGCUGGAUGGCCCGCCCUGAUCUCCCUCCCGGUAUGGGCGGCUGGCAGGCCGUGGACUCUACACCUCAGGAGACCAGUCACGGGACGUUCCGCUGCGGCCCGGCGUCUCUCGCCGCUAUUCGCUCCGGACAGGUCUACCUUAAAUUCGACGCACCUUUCGUCUUCGCCGAGGUGAACAGUGAUAAGAUCUACUGGCAGAGGAACCUGGAUGGCACCUUCAGUCAGAUCCACAGCGAGAAGAAAGCAGUCGGUCACUGCAUCAGCACUAAAGCUGUGGGCUCGGACGAGCGCAUCGACGUCACACACCUUUACAAAUAUCCUGAGGGCUCGGAGGAGGAGCGUAUCGCAGUGGAAACGGCCUGCCGCUACGGCAGUAAACCCGAAGUCUACUCCAGUCCCAUCGCUGAGGAUGUGCGGAUGGAGGUGAGGAUGGAGGGAGAAGGUCCUCGCAUGGGCGUAGACGCUCAGCUGAAGAUCGUGGUGAAGAACACCAGCUCUCAGCCGCGCAGAACCACCCUCCAUAGCCAGGUGGCGGUCAUGUACUACACCGGCGUGCUGAAGGACACCGUCAAGAAGGACACGCUUAACGUGGAGCUCAACCCACAGGAAGAGAAGAUCAUUGAAUGGGUGCUGCCUUACACACAGUAUCAGAACCAGCUGGUGGAUCAGGCCGCGCUCAUGCUGACUCUGUCUGGACGGGUCAGUGAGACCCAGCAGGUUCUGGCCAAUCAGACCAGCUUUAGGCUCCGAACUCCCGACCUCUCUAUCCAGCCUAUGGGAGAGGCGUACGUGGGCAAGGAGGCGUCUGCGAAGAUCACUUUCACGAAUCCUCUGCCUUGUACUCUGCGUAACGUGGUCAUCCGAGUGGAAGGACUGGGUCUGAGAGACCUCCAUCCCAUCAAAGUCGGUGAUGUGGGCAAACAUGCUAAUGUGACGGUGACGGAGCACUUCAUCCCCACGAUAGCAGGCAGGAGGAAGCUGGUGGCGUCUCUGGACUGCAGACAGCUGACGCAGGUGCACGGCGUGGCCGACAUCGACGUUCACGAGAGCCAGUGAACUCACAAACAGUAUUAACGUGGUUAUUAACUACACACGCUGAGCCAUUUCUACAGUCAGACAUCUUAAAGAGAGAACCCUUUUUUUUCACAUGCAGUCGUUUCUACUGUUUACCACUAAACAUUUGAAGUUUGUUUUUAUGUUAUUUUAGACAUUAUUUAUUUAAAAUACCGCAUCGCUUUGCUUUAUUGUUUGUAUUAACUAUAACUUGUUAUCAUUUGAUCAAAUGUUUCUGUUCGCCACUACAAUAUUAACGUGCUUUAUUUAAAAAAAGUAUUUUAUUGUGGAUAAACACGUUUCCUAUGCAUUUCACUUCUAUGCACCUGUAGUGCCUUAUAUUGCAUACUGCUCACAAUGAUGAUAUUACUAUGGUUGCGUUUAAUGUGCCUUCCAGUAAAUUAUUAAUAUUAAUAACGAUGAAGCUAAUGCAUAAUUCUGCUGUAUCUUCACAUAGUUUUGCCGUCACACACAAACUAUGAGAACAUAUGAAGAAACUUACACUUCAUGGAAUAUUAGGUUUUUAUGAAGGAGAUAAAAAUAGUUUUGUUUGUAUUAUUUAUAUAACCUAAUGUAUGUCUUUUCUUAAAAAAAAAACAUUUUAUUAGCAUUGUUUUCUGUGGUAGUCUUUUUGCAUGCACGACAAGGUGUGACUCUCUUUUGUUUGGACUGGAACAACGCGUCUCGUGUGACGAGAUGAACCUGAUGAAGAGGUUUAUUGAGAAGUCUGCUCACAACAAACAGCUGGGCGUAAAUUAAGAGCGCUGCAUUUCCAAUUGUUUACUUCAAACUUCAUUCAUUCGCGGUUAUCACAAUGUUGAGUAUAUAUAAAUAAUAUAUUUAUUUAUAAAUGAUGUACCUUUUCUGCAUUGCACACCUGCUCUAAUUUAUUUCCCAGUCUGGUUUAAAUAAAUCAAUAAUGCAUA